GCACAGGCAGGUCUGUGCUCUGACUGAAGCUGCUUUCUGACGCACCAUUUUAAUCAACACUAUGGAUUUUCAGAGAUUUGCCGGUUGCGUAUGAGACACUUGUUAUGGAAGAAAUGAGCACGGGUGGUUAUUUGAACUGCAGAGAGAUCUAAUGGGGCUGCUUCCAUGGGGUGCUGCUUGGAAACAUGAAAUAUUGCCUCCAGGCACGAUUGUGGGAAAAAAUGGUAAUUGCCGAAAGAAAUCACAGAACAAGCUAUUUCCAAAAGGAGAAUUUGGGUGAAAACCCAAGGCAUCAGCCACAUAUUCAGAUAAUGUUCUGCCUGGAGGUGAGGUACUGGAUCUCGGUGCAGCAGCUUCCCUGGUGCCUUGGAGAGGAAUUGCAGCACAAUGGCUUCGUUUCCUGUCUUGAAGCAAGAGACAUUGUUCCAGAACGGUACCUGGAGCUACCGAAUUCCAGCCCUGCUCUACCUGCCGCGCUUCAGCAUCAUCCUGGCAUUUGCUGAGGAACGGGAGGAUGUGGUAGAUGAACACGCCAAGCUAAUAGCAAUGCGCAGAGGCAUGUAUGACCCAACCACGCACCGCAUUCAGUGGAAUAGCAUGGAGACCAUUGUCAGCGCGCAGCUGAAAGACCACCGAUCUAUGAACCCCUGUCCUGUUUAUGAUGAGGUCACAGGGAAACUGAUCCUGUUCUUCAUAGCCGUCCCAGGGAAGAUCUCUGAGCAGCAUCAGCUCAGGACAAAGAUCAACCUGGUACGUCUCUGCUAUGUCACUAGCACGGACCAAGGACGCACCUGGAGCACUGCCCAGGAUGUCACCGACGGUACCAUUAGCACAGAGUACAAGAACUGGGCCACUUUUGCGGUGGGGCCGGGUCAUGGAUUACAAUUGCUCAACGAGGCCCGGAGCCUUGUGAUUCCUGCCUAUGCCUAUCGUAUCUUGGACCCUAAGCAACACCCCACCCCUCACGCCUUCUGCUUCAUCAGCUCUGACCAUGGGACAACGUGGGAAAUGGGGAACUUCGUGGGGGAGGAGAGUGCGGUGGAGUGCCAGGUGGCGGAGGUGCACACCUGCGGCAGGAAGGUCCUCUACUGCAACGCCAGGAGCAGCAGGGGAGCCAGAAUCCAGGCUGUCAGCUACAACCAUGGGCUGGACUUUGAGGGAGGCCAGCGGGUUGAAACACUAGUAGAACCUCCCUCUGGAUGUCAUGGAAGUGUUACUGCCUUCCCACCUCCCCCUGGCGCCAGGUGCCAAGAUAGUUGGUUGCUCUACGCCCAUCCUACGGACCCAAGGAGUCGAAGAGAUUUAGGAAUUUACCUCAACAAAAGCCCUUUAAAUCCUGCACACUGGACAAAACCAAGCAUCCUCUUCAAGGGCCUGUGUGCUUACUCGGAUCUGCAGUACAUGGGGGUGGGGCCAGAUGGCUCACCCUUGUUCUCCUGCCUCUUUGAAUAUGGGACCCACAAACAAUGUGAAGAGAUAAUCUUUGUAAUGUUCACUUUGAAGCAAGCUUUUCCAUCAGAGUGCUGAGUCUUGAGGCUUUCCAUCAGCAUCCCUCUGAAAAACACCUUUGUCGAUACUUCUUUUCACUGUCGCUUCUCAUCUUUCAGCAAA